AUGGCUGCGACCCUUGCGAAACACCGUGACACCCCUCCAUUUGCUGAUCACAAAGAUCUACACAGUGUCAUAGAUGCGACGGAGCUUGGGGAUGUCCCGUGGCAAUCUUUUUCUGUUGUCCCACCAUGGAUGGACGAUGAAUUCGAGGUCUGGUAUAGGGACCCCCAUGCAAUGGCGCACAAUAUACUUGCCAACCCUACGUACAAGGACGAAAUCGACUAUGUGCCAUUUCGUGAAUAUGAUGCGUUGGACGACACGCGCCGAUGGAAAGACUUUAUGUCCGGAGACUGGGCAUGGCAACAGGCAGACACCAUAUCAAAAAAUCCGGAAACACAUGGAUCUGCUUUGGUCCCAAUCAUUCUCGGUAGUGACAAGACUACCGUCUCUGUGGGCACUGGUAAUAACGAAUACUAUCCCCUCUAUGCCUCUAUCGGUAAUGUACGCAACAAUGUGCGGCGUGCGCACUGUGAUGCUCUUGUCAUCAUUGGGUUCCUCGCCAUACCCAAAACCGACAAGAUGCACUCUAAAGAUGAUGUAUUUUGGAUGUUUCGCCGCCAACUAUUCCACAGUUCGCUAUCCGUGAUUCUCUCCAGCCUAAAACCUGUUAUGACCAAGUAUGAGGUCGUGCGCUGUGGAGACGGUCAUUUUCGACGCGUCAUAUAUAGUCUAGGACCCUACAUAGCGGAUUACGAGGAACAACUGGUACUAUCUUGCGUUGUCAGACAUUGGUGCCCGAAAUGUAUCGCAGUUCGUACAGACCUUGAUGGUGGUGGGAUGUACCGUUCUCGCGAGCACAAUGACUUCUUGAUCGAAGAACUACGUGCAGAUAUAUUGUGGGAUGAAUAUGGUCUCGUUGGUGAUCUCGUCCCAUUCACCAAUGACUUCCCUCGAGCUGAUAUUCAUGAGCUGCUGUCGUUUGACCUCCUCCACCAGAUAAUCAAAGGUGCUUUCAAGGACCAUCUUGUCGACUGGGUAGCAAAGUACCUUAAGGCUGUGCACGGGACUAGACGGUCGGAGGAGAUUAUGAGCGACAUAGAUCGCAGAAUUGCUGCUGUAGCAUCAUUCUCUGGUCUACGACGAUUUCCUCAAGGUCGCGACUUUAAACAGUGGACGGGCGACGAUUCCAAAGCGCUCAUGAAGGUAUUCCUUCCGGCUAUCGAAGGUCACGUACCUCAAGACAUGGUGCGCGCAUUUCGUGCAUUGCUAGAAUUUUGCUAUCUUGUCCGGUGCAACGUUGUCACUGAAGAUACCUUGACUCAAAUUCAAGAUGCACUUCGUCGUUUUCAUCAUUAUCACAAGAUAUUUGAUAUCGUCGUUCCUACCUUCUCACUCCCCCGUCAGCACUCAAUGACUUAUUACGUGGACAUGAUCAGACUCUUUGGUGCCCCGAAUGGACUGUGCUCAUCAAUUACAGAAUCAAAACACAUCAAGGCGGUAAAGGAGCCCUGGCGGUGGUCGAGCAGGCACAAUGCUCUUGGUCAGAUGCUUGUGACCAAUCAGCGCCUUGACAAGCUUGCAGUGUCCCAUGUGGACUUUGAUGCGCGGGGAAUGCUCACUGGCACUAUUCUAUCAAAGCGAAAACGAGCACAGACAGUAGCAGCAUUGGCACAGGAAGUCGCUGUUCCAGAGCUACCACGCCUUAUUCAAUACUUUCUGUUCUCCCAGCUCAAUCCGGAUGAUACCCGCCACCCCAAAGAUAUACCAGCUGUUAACUUGCCUCAACACAAAGGCAAGCUUCAGGUCUUCAAUUCCGCUGCAGCAACAUUUUAUGCUCCCAGCGAUCCGAGCAGUUUUGGCGGCAUACGACGUGAACACAUCCGUGCAUGUCCGCUCUGGCGGAACAAGUACCCGCAUAAUGAUUGCGUGUUCGUCAAUACUGAUUCACAUGCUGAAGGGAUGCGAGGACUCGAAGUUGCGAGAGUCAUAUAUUUCUUUUCUUUCUUUCACAGAUGGGAAGUGUAUCCAUGCGCCCUCAUCCAAUGGUUUGAGAAGAUCGGUGAUUGUCCCAAUGAAGACACUGGCAUGUGGAUGGUCACUCCAAGUUUUCACGAGGACAGCUCAAGGAACCUGGCUGUUAUUCAUAUCGAGACGGUCUUCCAUGCAGCACACCUGAUACCUAUCUACGGUUCUAAGUACAUUCCUCACUCUCUCAAAUUUUACGAUUCCCUUGAUACUUUCUGUUCAUUUUAUGUCAACAAAUACGCUGAUCACCACGCCUUCAAGAUAGCGUCCUGA